AUGCCUGCUGCCAGUGUUCAAUUAGCCGAAAAGGAUUUCGAAAGAGAUGCCAAAUUUGCAAAGGCCAUGCAUGGUGAAUCUUUCAAGAAGACCGGUUUGAGUGCCUUAGUCGCCAAGGCCAAGGAUGCCUCUAACGUUGCCACAGAUGGUUACUUCAAGCAUUGGGAUGGUGGUGUCGAAAAGGCUGACGAAGACAAGAGAUUGGAAGAUUACUCUCAAUUGACUGCUCAUUACUACAACUUGGUUACUGACUUUUAUGAACACGGUUGGGGUUCUUCUUUCCAUUUCUCUAGAUACUACAAGGGUGAAGCUUUCCGUCAAGCCACUGCCAGACAUGAACACUUUUUAGCCCACAAGAUGCAAAUCCAUGAAAACAUGAAGGUUUUGGAUGUUGGAUGUGGUGUUGGUGGUCCAGGUAGAGAAAUUUGCAGAUUCACUGAUUGUUCUAUUGUUGGUUUAAACAACAACGAUUACCAAAUCGAAAGAGCCAACCAUUACGCUCAAAAGUACAAGUUGGACCACAAGUUAUCCUAUGUCAAGGGUGACUUUAUGCAAAUGGAUUUUGAACCAGAAUCCUUCGAUGCCGUCUAUGCCAUUGAAGCUACAGUCCAUGCUCCAGUUUUGGAAGGUGUCUACUCUGAAAUCUACAAGGUCUUGAAGCCAGGUGGAACUUUUGGUGUUUACGAAUGGGUCAUGACUGACGAGUACGAUGAAACCAACCCAGAACACCGUAAGAUUGCCUACGGUAUCGAAGUUGGUGAUGGUAUUCCAAAGAUGUACAAGAGAGAAGUUGCCGAACAAGCUUUAAAGAAUGUUGGUUUUGAAAUCCAAUACGAACAAGAUUUGGCUGAUAAGAAUGACGACAUUCCAUGGUACUACCCAUUGAGUGGUGAAUUGAAAUAUGUUCAAACUUUCAGUGACUAUUUCACUAUCUUCAGAACCUCUAAGAUUGGUAGAACCCUCACUACUGAGGCUGUUGGUUUGUUGGAAAAGCUUGGCUUGGCUCCAAAGGGUUCCAGACAAGUUACCGACGCCUUGGAAGACGCUGCUGUCAACUUGGUUGAAGGUGGUAGACAAAAGUUGUUCACUCCUAUGAUGUUGUACAUCUGUAAGAAGCCAGAAAAUGCCAAAUAA